AUUAGCAGAAAAAGGACCAAAAUUACAUUACAGAAAAACUCGAAAUCAGCCAAAAUUUGAUAAUUUAAGGUUCCGAAAAAAACCUACUGUGAGAAAAUUUGCUUUUUGGAAGAACAUUUCGUAAAAAUGGACCAGGAUUUGGUUGAUCAUCUUAUGAAGGCAGCGUCAGACAUGGGGAUGGCUCUCAACCCAACAGGUGGCAGCACUGAAGGGUCGGAGGUCAGCACGGAGUACGAGGGUAUAAUGCAGACCUUGAACGAGUUGGUGGCACGUCAAAAGCGUUGGAUUGCGGGGUGGCACUAUUUGAGUUAUUUGUACGGAGCAUUGCCGAUCGCUUUGCUUGGAUUCUUUGUAUACAAAUUAGUCAGAAGUUUACGAGAUAAAGAACGAGCCAAAGAAGAGAAGAAGAAAUUAAAGCAGCAACGUAAAGAAAAAGAAAGUAUGAAGAAGAAAGUGAAAACAAAAUAAAAAUGGUGCAAUUCAAUCAAAAACUCUUCCCUCUCUAUCCACAGAGAGUGGACUCUUCCAUAAGAUAUCAUUCAUUUAUUAUAAAAUGAGACAUUCCAUUAUGAGGAAAAGGGGUGGAUGUGUAACCGAUGCGGUUUUGAAUACUGAUGAGAUUGGUCGCAGGUUGCAAAGAUUAUGAAAUGAGGCUUUCAUCGAAGACGGAAUCAAGGACAGAUGGACAGACAGUCAAGAAGUUGGUGUAGUUUGUGACAUGGACUGAUUACAGCUUUGGUAACAGAAGCUGGACAGUUUUGUAUGGACUGAACGGACGGACACAUGCAUCACAGACGGACAUUCUCGUCUCUCGUUAGUGUUUUGGACUGGUGAAGAUCACUCCAGUGUGGUGUGGAUGGCCUGUAUCUAUUUGAAAGACGACUGUCCCUCUGUGUAUUGACUUUCGACAGUCAAGUCUUAUCUGGACUGAACAGGUGGACACAUGUGUUACAGACAGACAUUCUUCUCUCCUAAAUCUAGAUCACCUCGGUGUGGAAUGUAUGGCCGUAUGUGUUUGAAGGUCGACUGUCUCUCUAUCCAUUCAACAGUCGUGUCCGGAUUGCUGAACGGACGGACACAUGUUUGGAGGACGCAGACGCAGUCAAUCUGUCUGUUACAUCUCAAGUUUGCUGCAAGUUUCAGUGUGGCAAAAAACUUGGCAGGUUGCUUUGCCAGGACUGGUACUCGGACGUCUUGAUUGGAGAUUCUAUAAGUGGAAGCUGCUGUAGUGUAAUGCUUCAUAUUGGUCAUCAAUUAUCGAUGAUGUUGCAUGUGGUGGACUGCAGUGGGCUGCUGUUUCUGUACAAUGAGACUGCAUGUUUAAAACUUUAACAUUUUACAAAGUCGCUGACUCAUUAAUCGUUCAAUUUUUUCGCAGCUCAUCUUUGUGAGCUUGAGGAGGGGGAGUACAAGUUGCACGUUGAUUCUGCAUAAUGUCCUGCUUCUUGUUACCAUCUUCGUUGAGAUGUUGUAAGAUAUUUUAUUCUGCCGACAAAUUUCAUGCUCCCUCCUCAUGAUAGCGGUGAAAUUCCAUCAGAAUGAUAAAACUUACUCAAUGUCAAAACAUUUUAAUUGUCAUUUUAUAAACCCGUGUUCCACAUAUCAUUUUAAGCAGGGCAGCCAGUCUCUGCAAGAUCCUUUUUCCACUAAUAGACCAUUGAUAUCAAAGCAUUUUCGUGACCCUUAAAUUAGGAAUUGUAGCCCCUCUUUCAGAAAUACUGUCGUGCUUUUCUGACUCGUCGGGCCGCCCUUCUAAAAUGCCUUGUAGUGAACACUGAAAUGAAUGAUUGUCAAAUUUUAAAAGAUGUAUAAUUUAUUUUAUUGAUAGACGACGCAACCUCUUUCCUAGGUCCUUAUCGUUGAUGUUGCCCUGGGAAUGAGGUUGGUGUUCCUACUGUAUAAGGUCCACCGAUGAUUCUAGAUUUUAGAUAUUGCCAAGUCGAUGAAUAUCAAAUGUUUUAUGAAUUAUGAAAUUAUUUUUAGUUUCCUGUGUGUGUGUGUGUGUUAGUCUUCGGUAAAGCUGCUCUUUCAGACUUUCUGUAAAAAAAUAAGAAAAGGUGCCCGUCACUUGGGAAGGCCUAUGAAUUCAUUUUCAUUGCUGAGACCUGUGAUUUUUAUCACUGCAAUGUGCAACAAAAACAUCUCUCGUCUUCGGGUAAAACCAGUAUUCGUUGGGUUUGACAUCAUUGAUUAAUGAUGGUGCCACAUUAUUUUAUCAAACGUGGUGCCGUGAUUUUGAAAGCAUUUAUAAUUUGUUAUUAUUUCAAUGAGAUUUUAUUGCCAUUUCAUCUCAGAGUGACAUAUUUCUUCAGGAUGCCCUGAGGGGAGGAUGUAGGGCAGUAAACUCUUUAGGGUAGGGCUCAUGCUGUUCAUAUGCAUCCUUUGACUGGAUUGGUUAUUCCCGAUCGACCAAUGGUAUAGUGUCUUUCAUAUUGUUCUGGCCAAAGGUACUUCGUUAACUUGGGAAUGUGACCACAUUUACCCAGAUAAAAUGGUAUUGCACAACACUAGAUUACCCUUUGGGACUUACAAAUGAGCUUUCACGAUGUCAACCAUAACACUGGCUGCCCAGGGAUACGUAACAUUACUAUUUGUGACCACACUGUUUUAGUUUAGUGAGACGAGGUCAACCUCUGGCCAGAUCUGUCUGAAAAACACUUUACGACAGACAUGAUUGGAAGUGCCCAAAUACAACAUUGGAUGACACAGCUACAUCACACCUACAUGUAGCUCACGGCUGGAAGACUCUGACGAUGAUACGUCUGCAUGUGGGGUCUGAAAACAUGUGAGUAGCGGACAGUAUAGAGGCCCUUUCACCAGGCGGAGGAAGCCACUGCUGGCCACAACAAACAAGCAGCAAGCAAAAGACCGCAUGAACACACAUCGCAUGUUCUUUUGGUUGUGCUUACCAGUAUAUUUAGGUUGGUUUUUGCUAGCAGUGACUACCUCCGCCUGGUGUAAAAGUGACUCUCCUCAUCCUUGAUGUAUUUUGCUAUGUAAUGCUAAUUCAUGGAGCUUUAAGGAUAUCUUUUUGGAGAGUGGUUUGACAAUUUCAGCCCUUUUUAGCGACAACCACUUGCAUGCCAUGUAUUUUCGAAUCGACCAAUCGCGGAGCAUUUGGCGAUGUGUGACAUCAGGUUUUAUGAGAAUAGAUAAAUGUAAAUGUUCUUUACUUUCGGCUUGGCCAAUGAAAACCCUCCUUUUCCAGCUCCGUUCGUAUCCCUCUUAUAGUGGGAUGGGCCGGUGCGCGCGUGUAGCAGUGGCAUCACUCCUAAUGACCUAGGCUUGAGAAAAAUUCCCUUUAGCUCAUUCGGUUGUGCCAGAGGUCCUGGGGUCAGAUUCCAGCAGGGCCUUGGUGUUUUUCCUCUGUGAUGUUACAACGGUAACAGCGGUAAAAGGAUACCAAUAAUCCUCAGAUGCUGGAUGCGUCUUUGGGUAUUCCUGGUAAAUUAACCCUUUGUCAGGCUAGUCGGUGGUGGUUUUCCUCGGUUACUGGUGUCUCCUCUGCCUCCGGCAUUUCCAGUAAUUACUGUCAGGUAGCUUAUAAUAUUGCACCGAUUCUCAAAAUAAAUAUACAGUACCACUUCUAGACCUGAGAUUACUUGCCGGAAUAUUUGUCGACAAAGUUUUCUAGGGUUGAACGGCAUUACUUUGGUUCCCUUCUUGCCUCAUUUUAUCUGCCACAAGAGAGCCUGUUUGCCUGUUGUGGCCCGUAACCUAGGUAACCAGCAUAUCUAUUUUGAUGAACCUGUGUGUAUUAUGUCCUCGUAGUCAGAACAUUCUAUUUUUGUAAACCCCAGUGUCUGGUACAGUACUGUUAACCUGGAAAUAUUCACAGCAAUUUAAGAUUGCCGUUUUCUGUACGUACAACCUGGUAUCAGUGCUUUCAAUGAGAUUUUCUUUUUUCGCAGCCAUGUAUUUUCUGAUUAUCUGUGAAUGCGAAAAAUACAAAAAAAUCUCAUGAGAAUAUUUCUGGGUUGACAGCAUUAUAGCAAAAAGAACAUUUGAAAUAAAAUCCUGUAUAAAAA